GUAGUUGCAUCCGGCACAGCGUUGACGCACACUUCUUCGUUUACGACGUGCUAGAGAGAUACGGAGAAAACAACACCUGUCCCUCGAAGAAUUGGAGAUACUCAUGGAAGACCUUGGUAUCGGAAACUAUCACGAUGAAGCCGGCGCCCAUGACGAUCAUGCUGACCACGGCGACCAUGACGAUAGCAAGGACCACGAUGGUCAGGACGAUCAUGCUGACCACAGCGACCAUAACGAUAACAAGCACCACGAUGGCCAUGACGAAGAUGACCACGGCGCCCAUGACGAUGGCGCCCAUGAUGAUGGCGCCCAUGAUGAUGGCGCCCAUGAUGAUGGCGCCCAUGAUGAUGGUAACAAUAAAGUUGGCGACCAUGACGGUGGCGACCAUGACGAUGGCGCCGACCACAGCGAUCAUCUUCGUCGUCGACAAAAGCGCUCUCAGAAGCACGGCGUCGUCGUUGCCGACGCGCACGACCACGGCACUGUGCUGGAGCACGCGCAGGCGUCUGCCGAGGCGACGAAGGCUCACGAGACGGAGGAUGAGGAUGCGCGUAACCAUGACAACGCCGGGUAUCUGCAGCAGGGGCUUCUUCGUGCGGACGGCGAUAAGUCGGAUACGUGUUUCACGGCUGAGCAACUAUGGGAGGUGUUCGAUUACCCGAGUUCUUAUAGACUUUCGGAGACAGACUUCAUAGAAGCGUGCCCAGCACUUCUGCAACAGAUCGUCAGCAAAUCCUGCGAGAAAAAGACGGAAACAGAAAGCAACCAAUACACUCCAACCAAACUCGAAGCGUAUGGAUACGGAGCUCUGGCGAUCCUCGUGAUCAGUCUCUUGUCGCUGAUUGGUGCGAUUACGAUCCCCUUCAUCAGUACUGUCUCCUACCAUUACAUCAUGAUGGGUUUCAUUGCUCUGGCUAUCGGCACCAUGGCUGGGGACGCUCUGCUUCAUCUAAUACCACACUCGUUAGGUGGACAUGAACACAAGGAGACAGCACAUGGCCACGAAGAUGAGAAUGUAGAUGGCAGCACGGCGCUAAAUAUCGUUAUAGAACCCAUGAUUCUGAAGCUGCUGGCGGUCUUGGGCGCCAUCUACGGAUUCUUCGUCUUUGAGACAUUAAUGGAAUUGGCCAAGGAUUCGGUGCAAGGCCUCGAAAAGGACGCCGACCACGCGCCCGGCGGCGGAGGUGGACACGGUCACAGUCACGUUCCCGACCACGAGGCAUUGACGCGAGGCAGUCCGUUCCGUAAGAGCACGGGACACAGUCACGUGCCGGACCCCGUUAUCCUGAAGCAGUACACGCGUCGACAGAGCAGCAACAUACAAUCGUCGGUGUCGCGACAAAAUCUGACGUCGAGCCUGGACUUGUCGCGAGGUGGCAGCACAACCACACUCGACAGUGCGUUGUCCACUGUCCUUCCCUACGGCGCAACUAACGGCGUAGCCCACGAUGCAAACGCUAAUACCUCAAAGCUUAAAACAAGCAACACACGGGAACGAGCACGCAGUUUCUGCUCAUCUUUCAACACGGUGGCGCUGAUGAUACUCAUGGGUGAUAUCAUGCACAACGUCAGCGAUGGUCUCGCUAUUGGCGCUGCAUUCGCCGGAAGUACCGAAGGCGGCAUGUCUACGUCCAUAGCCGUGCUAUGCCACGAACUUCCGCACGAACUAGGUGACUUCGCUCUCUUCCUGUCGCUGGGUCUCACCGUGAAGCAGGCCCUCGGCCUGAACCUGCUCGCUGCUCUCACUGGCUUCGCUGGAUUCUUCGUCGGCGUAUCUGUCGGCGCUGACGCCGACGUGCGACAGUGGAUCUUCGCGGCGACGGCCGGCAUGUUUCUCUACAUAUCUCUUGUCGAGAUGGUGAGCCGACACUGCUGA